AUGCCACAGUGCGUCACAAAGUUGAAUGAACUUCUCGUGGAAGAUGCUCACUCAGUCGUAGUGGCAUUGACUCGUAUUAAUCUAGCAUAUUUUCAUCUAUCAAGGUAUUUAAAUCUCAUCCAUAUCCGUUUGCUGGCCAAUGAAUGGAGGUAUUUUUGGAAGCUUUGACGAGAAUCCGUGCGUCCUCCACUUUUUCCGCGUACGGCCGGAAUCUCACUAACCGACUUGCGAGGAUUCCGCCCCUCAUAGAGACCUCAACCCCAAACUCCCCCAAAUUGGCACGAACGACGUCCAACUUCACAAAUGGGAAGUUCCAACCAAUACGCCGAAACCAAAUCCGUUUGUCAUCAUCAUCAUCAUCACCAUCAUCUCCGGUGACGCUGAGCAGUAUCCGAGCAUUGAAAGAGCGUCGCGAGAAGAUCGCCAUGCUGACCACCUACGACGCGACCUUCGCGGAGGCGGCCAGCCGGGCGGGCGUGGAGGUGCUCCUGGUUGGGGACACCUUGGGCAUGGUCCUGCAAGGCCAUGACUCCACGCUGCCAGUUACCGUGGAGGACAUCGCCUAUCACACGGCCUGCGUUAGACGUGGCAAUACGGGAGCCAUGAUUGUUGCUGAUCUGCCGUUCAUGAGCUACGCUACCAUUGAGCAGGCUCUUGUCCAUGCCAGACGUCUGAUGCAAUCCGGGGCGCACAUGGUGAAGUUGGAGGGGGGGACCUGGGUCACUGAGACGGUGAGACGACUGACGGAGAACGGUGUUCCGGUCUGUGUCCACAUGGGCAUGACACCCCAAUCGGUCAACGUCUUUGGGGGGUUUAAGGUUCAAGGCCGAGAUCCGGCGCGCGCGCAAGAGCUAAAGGACUCAGCUUUGAAGGUGGAAGCUGCGGGUGCGGCCAUGAUCGUCUUGGAAUGUGUGCCAUGGGAUUUGGCCGAGGAGAUCACCCGGGUGGCCGACGUGCCGGUCAUCGGGACCGGCGCAGGGCCCGGCACUGACGGCCAAGUCCUCGUCCUCCAUGAUAUGCUUGGUCUCCCCCUACGUGGGCUCAUUCCAAGCUUCGUCCGCAACUUCCUCACCGGAACCAGCAUCCAAGCGGCCCUCCGUGCCUACGUGGAAGCCGUGAAGGACAACAGCUACCCUGCUCCAAAACGAAAGGACCCCGGUCUACGCACCUUGGGCACCGUCAGGGACGUCCGCGCUGCCGUAACCGCUGCCCGACGGGACGGCCGGCGCGUGGCUCUUGUACCGACGAUGGGCGGCCUCCACGCCGGUCACAUCGCCAUGGUCAAGACAGCUAGGAAGGUCAGCGACUUCGUCGUCACGAGUGUCUUCGUCAACCCGCUCCAAUUCGGUGACGACGAGGACCUGCAGCGCUAUCCGCGGACAUUGGAGGAGGAUGAGCGGCUGUUGGCGGAUGCUGGGUGUGAUGUCCUGUUCGCGCCGUCUGUCGAAGAGAUGUACCCGGAAGGGAUGGAGGCGGUUACGCGGGUCGUUGUGCCGGGCGUUUCUGAAGGUCUUUGUGGCGCCCAGCGACCCGGCCACUUCGACGGUGUGACAACGGUGGUGACGAAACUAUUAAACAUGGUCCAGCCGGACCUUGCCGUGUUCGGCGAAAAGGACUACCAGCAGCUAGUGGUCGUCCGGAAACUGGUGAGGGAUCUCAACCUCCCCGUCGAGAUCAUCGCCCAACCCACGAUCCGCGAACCGGAUGGCCUAGCGAUGUCAUCCCGCAACCGGUUCCUGGACAGAUCUCGAUCACUCCGUCUGUUCGAUACGCUGAGGAGGCUGGCCUCUGAAAUCAGCAAGGGUGCACAGCCGGAGGCCUUGAUGUCUAAAGCGGUGGAGGACUUGGAGGCUGAAGGCGUGAGGGUUGAUUACUUAGAGUUGCGACGGCAAGAUACUCUAUUGCCCGCACAACCUGAGGAUCGGGCGCUGGUGCUACUUAUUGCUGUUCGAGUGGGAACGACUCGACUCAUCGAUUCUUAUCCGUUCGAACGAUCGGGUUGCGCUUGAAACGGGUUCAUUUAGCGUGACGUAAUGACGACUGACCAACAGAGCCCGCUGAUGAAACGUGCUAAAAGUUAAAGACUGAUCAACGGGAAAUCAACCGAUGGCUCUUCAGUGACAGCGAGAUUGAUCAAUAGAACUUCAUUUUGCAAUUAGGAACUACCAUUCUUGGCUCAUCCGUAAAAAAUGUAUGCACAUAGGGAACCUGGUGUUACAUAUAUUGAUUCUAAACUGAGCCCGAAA